AUGAGCAUCUAUGCUCUCGAGGCUCUACCAGGUCAGCCCAAUGAGCAGAUUGUAUUUCACGAAAAGGAUCCCGAUGAAAAGCGUUGGUCACAAAUUGUACUAGCUCGUAUCACAAAGUCGGUUCAAGAUUUGCUCAGAAAGAACCCAGAUGGGUCUGGCCCUGACUUGGAGAGAGUCGCCGAAAUACUGUGCAAUAACUCUGCCCAACCCUUGAGAGAUAUAAAUGACCCCAAGGAGUGGAUGGAUCAGUACUGUGGUGAUAAUCUUAGAUGGGAGUCAAUCGGCCUGAUAUGGGGAAACUUGGAGCGCCUUUCAGAUACUAUCAAUUCUUUGCGGCCCAGCCACGUUGCCUGGAUUUCUGGCAAGAGCGAUAGGGAGCUGUCCAGAACACAUCUCAGUUAUUGCAUUGAUUUGGCACGGAAUUUCACCGAGGGCAAUGCUGUGCUUUUAGACCUUAUGCGACGACGAACCACCCUUGUGUCUGUCUUGGAUGGCGACGCUGCUGCAUCUUGUUGGUACUCUCAUGGCGCGGCCGUAUCUAUGCUUACGUUCAUGGGCUUGCAUGCCCAAGUGGGAGAGAUACCACACACGCCUACUCUGUGCUCUGAGCAUAACCGGCGAAUUGUUGCCCAAAUCUUCAACCACGAUAAGUUUAGUGUCGCAUUCUCGGGGAGACCCCCGCUGCUUAAUCGCCGGUACUGUAUGACGCCUCUGCCGCUGGAUCUUAGAGAUGAGGAUCUUGCAGAUGAGGCAACCUUGCAGAAGGCGGUUCAAGAGCUAGAUGAGCGUGGUUGGAAUAAGAGUGGUGAAAUGUAUCCAUUUACGCUUAUUCGAGCUCGUCGCAUAAUGGCAUCCAUUUUGGAAGAAGUAAUGGAGCUUGCCUUGGGCUGUACCGUCUGCACUACACUUGAUGAACUGCGAAACAUACAGGUCAGACAGCUGGAAACACUUGCUGGGUUUCCAGCGUGUCUCAAAUACGACCCGCAAGAUUUAUCAGAUCCAAACCGAGACAUCGAAUGCGUUUACGCCAAGAUAUUAAUUCGUCUAGGCCAUCUACAGACCAUGUUCUUCUUGGAGCGGCUUUUAUGCAUUAAUGGCAGCUUGGAUGAAGGCAACUUGCUCGUCUUGAGCUUCGAAAUGCUCACAUUGACGCUCACUCUGUGGACAAAUAAAGAUCAAUUCGCAGCAAUGCGUCGUAACUUUGAAUGGCUUCUCAUGGCCCAUGCUGCACCAGCGGGUGGCAUCCUCUGCCUGGAACUACUCAAUCCAAGCUUUAGUGGGAAACAUCCCAGGGAAGAACGAAUCACUCGCUCGAGCAUCAUACAAAAUCUCAGUCUCUUAGUAGGUUUCCUCGAUUGGGUGCGUCCGUCAGCACCGAAUGGCGAUUUGUGCAUGGACUGCAAAGUCAUUAUACAGCGAGUGUUGGAUCAUACUUUGAAUGGUAGCGUAAACGGCGACAGCCCUUGGGCAGCUCUGGCCUACGACUUCCCAGAGCCUUUAGAUUUCAACUUUGAAUUACUGGAUACCUUUGACUGGCUGCACGCGGAUUUUCAAUAA